UGAGUGAGGUGGUUUGCAGAGAAGACGGAUGAGUGGAAAGCAGCUGAGAAAUUCCGUGAGAAAUGAAGCUCGUCCCUCCAUGAGCUACUCCUGCCUGAAGGUACCAGAGGAGAAUGAGAAGCAUGAGAAGCUCCGCCUGGAGAGGGAGCAGGAGCAGAAGAAGGCCAGCAAGGCCAGCGUGCCACGGGCCAACAGUGCCCUCUCCCCGGAGGAGCCCCGAAGCGAACUGCUGGUGCCCGUGUCCCCCCCGGCCCCGGUGCCCCCGCGCCCCCGCCCGGCAGCCCCCAUCUCAGUCAUUCCCAUCCCUGUUGUCACCAGUUCCCCCCAGCAAGCGGCCCAAACCGCCCUGUCCCCGCCGCUCGUGCAGCGCCACCAGCCCCUCGUAAGCACUCCCAGUGUCCCCAAGGAAUCCUCGUCGGUGGCUCCGGUGAUCCAGAGGCCGCCGGGCCCACAUCUGCCGGAUGGGAAAGCUGCCACCCCGCCGUCGGGCAGCCCCAAGCAGCUCCAGCAUUACCCGGCGCCGGUCCUGGCCAUCUCCCAGCACCACGUGGUCCCACAGCCCAUCCAGCCCCUGCAGCACCCGGCAGCGCCCGCGCCCCUCGGCGCCCUGAAGCUGGCCCCGGCAGACGACCUGAAACCCAUCGAGCUCAAGAAGAGAAUUGGAGGGGUUGGGACCAGGGAAGUACAUAAUAAAUUGGAGAAGAACAGACGUGCACAUUUGAAAGAGUGCUUUGAGACUUUAAAGCGCAACAUCCCCAACGUAGAUGACAAGAAGACCUCAAACCUCAGUGUCCUCAGGAGUGCCUUGCGAUACAUCCAGACUUUAAAGAGGAAGGAAAAAGAAUAUGAACAUGAGAUGGAGCGGCUGGCGAGAGAGAAGAUCGCUACCCAGCAGCGACUGGCAGAGCUGAAGAACGAGUUGAGCCAGUGGAUGGACAUCUUGGAGAUUGACAGAAUUGUUCGACAGACAGUUCAGCCAGAGGAUGACCAGGCAUCUACCUCGACAGCAUCAGAGGGUGAAGACAACAUCGAUGAAGACAUGGAAGAUGACAGGCCAGUGAACUCAUUACCAAAACUUACCCAGCGCCAGCACCCAGAGCUGCUGAAAGCUGUCCCCCCGAAUGCUGCUCCCCCCCUGCCCGCAGUCCUGCCCCCUCACCUCUCCAUCCAGCAGAAGCCCCACGCCCAGCCCCCCCUGCAGACACAGGCACUGGUCCCGCCGCAGGCGAUCGUCCCUGCACAGACUCACAUCGUGGCGGCCUCGACCGUGCAAUCGACUGUUAUCGCCCACACGGCCACCACCCACGCCUCGGUCAUCCAGACUGUCAACCACGUGAUUCAGGGGCCACAGACCAAGCACAUUGCUCACAUUGCACCUUCCACGUCCAGCCCCGUGCAACUCACCACUGCUGCUCAGCCCAUCGGCCACAUCACUGUGCACCCCGCCACCAUCAACCACAUGGCCCACCUGGGCCCGCAGCUGCCCCUCUACCCGCAGCCCGUGGCCGUCAGCCAGCCCGUCGUGAGCCACAUCGCUCACACCAUCUCGCACCAGCAAGUGAACGGCACGGCGAGCCUGGCCCAGCCGGCGGUGAUGGCCAAGCCGGCCGUGGGCACCCAGGUCGUGCAUCACCCGCAGCUGGUGGGGCAGACGGUCCUGAACCCCGUGACUAUGGUGACCAUGCCCUCGUUCCCGGUGAGCACGCUGAAGCUGGCCUAGAGGGGACGGGCCGACGGCCAGGUCUUUGGUGGGAACCUUUCCUGAGGAAACUCCAUACAUUCCAACCACGUCCGGCUCGGCAGGAGGGAGGCACAGG